CCCUCCACUCCCCCUUUCCAGAGAGAUCAGCUGGACGUGUUUACAGGUUGGGAAUCGCCGUGAAUUGGCACCAGAGAAACACAAUCUCGGACACUGGAUUUGCAGAAGUGGUCGUCUGCAAUCAAUAGAUCAAGGUUGGCCACUUCGGCCUUAAUUCGGCGACGCGCAAAGGCUUCUUCCGCCGCACCGCUCGCUUGCGGUUUUUAUUUUUACUCGGCACUUUACACAUGCGCCGUGCCCAGCUCGGACACCUUAAGGGGUUGCUUUGUGGUUGGCAGGCAGGACGAACUUCUUCACUAAUCGAGGCCUCCAGUCGGUCGUCUCUAGUGCUGCACUCGACGACGUCAUCCUAAGCUGGACGCUCUGCCCGGACAGCCGCAGCGGGACAUGUUCUAGCUGAUCACCGACCACCGUGCGUCUGACGACGACGUACCCCGUUGCCGAGAGGUGCUUCAGUGAUAUUAUAUUGAUCACCCGCGAAUAAGCACCGAAAUGUCAGACAUCAGGCAGAGGAAGCCCGCCGAAAGUGGCGAAGUUUCGCCGGUCGACGACAAGACGGCCUCAGCCGAAAACAGUCAGAAAGAGGAUAUCGAUUCCGAAGAUGACAAGGGCUUGGACGAAAAGAUCGACGAUCUGGCCAAGACGAUUCCGCAAGGAUCCGACAAAACGGCCGAAGCACUUGACAGUGCACUACAGAAUCUCUCACCCAGAUGGAGAAACUGGGUUAUUCGAGGAAUUUUCACUUGGCUAAUGAUUUUUGGAUUCUGUUUCCUCAUUUACCUUGGACCUUAUGCCCUGAUGAUCACGACGUUAGUGGUCCAAGUGAAGUGCUUUGCAGAAAUCAUCAACAUUGGGUACUCGGUUUACCGCAUUCACGGACUUCCAUGGUUCCGAUCAUUGUCCUGGUACUUCCUUCUCUGUUCUAAUUAUUUCUUCUACGGGGAGAGCCUGGUCGAUUACUUUGACAUGGCCAUCAACAAAACUCACUUCUUCAAAGUUCUGGUCACCUACCACCGGUUCUUCUCGUUCUGCUUGUACAUUGGAGGUUUUGUUUGGUUCGUGUUGUCUCUGGUCAAGAAGUAUUACAUGAAACAGUUCUCGCUGUUUGCUUGGACACAUGUGGCCCUUCUCAUAGUUGUUACACAGAGCUAUCUCAUCAUCCAGAACAUUUUCAACGGACUCAUAUGGUUCAUUGUGCCCGUUUCGAUGAUUGUCUGCAAUGACGUUAUGGCCUACAUGUUUGGGUUCUUCUUUGGCAGAACACCUCUCAUCCAGCUCUCUCCCAAGAAGACAUGGGAGGGAUUUAUCGGUGGAGGACUAGCAACUGUGGUGUUUGGUCUUGGGCUGUCUUAUGUACUCUGCCAAUACCCAUUCUUUGUGUGCCCAAUUACGUACAGUGAAGCUCUGGGCAGCACAACCAUGGAGUGUGAACCGUCUCCUCUGUUUAGGGCACAGGAAUACGUCAUCCUUGGAAAAACUUGGAAUAUUUAUCCAUUCUUGCUGCACUCCUUGUCCCUGUCAUUCUUCAGCAGUGUUAUUGGGCCUUUUGGAGGAUUCUUUGCCAGUGGAUUUAAGAGAGCAUUUAAGAUCAAAGACUUUGGCGACAUAAUUCCAGGACACGGUGGCAUUAUGGACAGAUUUGACUGUCAAUAUUUGAUGGCUACUUUCGUGAAUGUGUAUAUAUCGAGUUUCAUUAUGACGACCUCUCCACAAAAGUUGCUCCAGCAAGUGCUUACAAUGAAGCCAGAACAGCAGUUGCAGAUGUUCUACACUCUGAAAGAGGCCUUGGAGAACAGGGGAAUUUUGUCUCUCGGCAACUAAACUUCCUCCAUCACUAUUUUUAGGAACUUGCAUUUUACAGAAUAUUUUGGAAGUUGCUUGUGUUGCUCCUAUUUUGCUUUGUUUUCUAAAAUGCAUAAUUCUGAGUGUGAUCUUUUAUAAUAUGUUGAUUUUUCAAAUAAUAUUGAGGGUAAAAAUGAAACAAAAAUCUGUUGAAUUUUCCUGUUUUAACUCAUAAGCAAAAAUGACUGCAAGCUCAUCAGGUUUCUUCCACCAAUAAUUCAAAUCUUGGUUUUCUUUCUUUUCUGUUUUCUGAUCUCAAUUUGACAGUUUCGUGAAAAAUCAAUCAAUUGUAACUUAAAUUUGUAAGCCAAUCUCACUUGCCAAAUAAUUAGAAACAACCUCUCUUUAACUUGAUAUUGUGAUGCAUGUUGGUGUUACUUGAUGUUUAAAGCAAACCAUUCCAUGCCAAUCGCAAUUGGAUUAAAUUCCUUUUACACUGUCUUUAAAGAUUUUGUUGCCGAAAAUGCUCCACACACAUUUUGUGCACCGAAAUAUAUAUCCAGCCAAAACCAAAAAAUGUCACAGUACCUCUCACCAUGCUUGUGAAGUUCUUUCUACACAAGUCUAUUAUAUAUUUUGCAAAGCCGCCAACUUGCACUGACUAUUGAUUUGCUGUUUGGGUCUGGCAACCUCAAUUUAACAAAAUAUAACCACAAUAUUCUACAUGCUGUUACACCUAUAUACAAUUUUGCCUUUGUGAGUACUUCAUGAUCAUUAUAUAUUUACGUCAAAUUGUGUUAUCCUAGCUGAGCUCCUAAAUGAAAUAAUGUUUAUUCAAUACACACAAAGAUAUAAUUAUUAUAUUACCGUUGUGUAAAAUGGAUGGUGUGACACACAAAAAGUGCUUGGUUUCACUUUUUUGCUGUUGAAAAGAAGAUACACCCCAAAAAUUUAAAACAUCUAACUUUUUAAAAGAAAUGAGAUAAGAUGUUUCAAUUAAUUGGGAUACUUAAUUGAUGAGCGCUGUUGUGAAAUUAAAUUUGCAAGCACUAAAGCUAGUCUUUAAGAAAGUAAUGUCAAUCUCAUUGCUAUUGAAACCUAUUUGUUUGAUGUUGCCACUCCAGUUCAAAUGAAAACUCGAAACAGGUCCCAAGUCAUGAUAAGAACUUCUAAACCAAUAAAUAUUAAUGUGAGACGUUCAAAGUUAUGAUUGUACGGAAGAAAAAUUUUUAAUAUUCAAACUUUCACAGAGAGGUUGAAAAAAAUUAUUCUAGCAAUAUUUGUUUUGAUUACUUAAAUCAAAAUACUUACGGCCAAAUUAUUGUUGCUUCGUAGUUUUAGCAAGCAAGAUUGCAGGUCUUAGCCUUUGAUGUAAAUUAUAAUUUCACGACUUAAAAUGUUUUGUCAUUAUGUCCACGCAAUAAAACAAACUAGUAGAAUGGAUAAAA